AGUAAUUUGUGUUUGUGCUAAAAGUUAGGUUAGGUAUUUUAAUUUUUGUUACAUAAAAAUUGUAUCUAUUUCUGUGAUAUAUUUGAUUGAGUAAUGUUAAAGUAACGAGCUUUUAAUGAUGCAUUUGAUCAAAGCUAGAACGUUUCCGAGACUAAAACAAGUUGUAACCAGGCUCAAUUAUAGCACCGUUCAAGCACCAUUAGUGGACGAAAAUGAAUACACUGAAAAACCAAUUUAUCCGCCCAUUUUGGACAUGUCCCUCGAAGCUAGGAAGAGGAGGAAUAGACAAAAAACCUACGAUAAUAUUAAAGCACUGAACACAGUCGAAGAAAAACAAAUAGCAUUGAAUAUGCCCCGUUAUUACGGUUUUAAAUGUGUUUCUCUGAAUGAAACUAGAGUACCAUAUAAUGCACUGCCUCUCGUACAACAUUACACUAAAUCGCACCUAAAGAUAACAGAUAAACUUCCUGAUAUUUAUAACGAAACUUCUCAAGUUGCAGACUUAGUUGUACAAGAUAUUAAAUCACUUGUGGAAGAUAGUAUUUUGAUAGAAAAUGAAGGUGUUGAGCGUAAUAUUGUAACUACAGUUGAGAAACCAGAACAGACACAAAAAGUGGAUGCUUCCGCACAAAACAUUGUGAAACAGAUAAAUAGGAUUAUCAGCAAUAAUUUGACAGAUAGAGUCUCACAUAUUUUGUCUGCUCAGGUUGACUUUGAUCCGAGACACGAAGCAUUCUGGUUUGUUGGAGGUGUUCCAGUUCCGCCAACAGUGAAAAAAUGGAGGAAGCAGUUUCAUUGGAUGAAGUACAGGUUGGAUGAAGAAGUCGAUAGACCUGUGCAGUAUAUAGGUACUCCACUUAUGACUUUAAGGCACCAACUACCACUUAAACCAAUUGUCCCAUACAGUGAAGCAGAAAAUCCAGAAUUUAAGGUGCCCAAGUUCUCAUACCAUCCAGAAAAUGUUGGAUAUACAUAUGCCCAUAGGCAUGGCACUAAUAUUCCAGGGUAUUGGCCAGGAGAUUUAGACGAGUUCGGACUGCUGUCCUACCAUGGUACUGGCCAUAUUUUUGACAGAUUGCCAACAUUUGGAGAAGAGGACAACCUUGAAACCUUGCAUUGCCAAGCCAUCAAAGCCAGCUUUGGGUGGUUAUUAGCCCAAGCCAACUAUCAAGGGUUCACCACAUACAAUGACAUAACAUACCCCCUUGUCACACAAACUGUACUCACAAAUGGAAAAGAUUUUUCAUUUUAUCUGUAUCAAUUAAAUACCAUUGCAAUGAACAUCGAUGAAAUAGACAGUCCCAAACAUAACCUAUGUUUUGCAAUGAAACCAACAAAACUGUAUGACACAAUAGAAGAUGGAAAAGUGAAGGGAUUAAAUGAUGGGGUUCUAAAAAUGCUAGUACAGUUAUAUUUAAAUGAACCUGAGAAGCGUGAUCACGACAUGAAACCUUAUUUAGGGAAGGAGGAACAGUUUGUGGCUGAUAUUGAAGAUGACCAAAAGAGAUGUUGGUUGGAAAACCGAUAUAAACAGUUGGUGGCUAACAGACCCAGACAUUUACUGGUACCGGAGGUUUACAAUUGGGAACAAAUUUACAAAAUACAGCACAAGACCAGGUUCUUUGAAGCUAGACGUCGACCAUUCGAGUUGGACAUCAAUCCAAUGCAAAGAAGGCUAGAUGAACAUUUACCUACAUACAUACCCAAAGUUUUGAGGCCAUACCCAAGACACAAGAAGAAGUUUGAAACGACAUAUUAUCCUAAAGUUUAAAUCAUAAACAAAAGCUAUUUAAAUAUUAGGUACUUAUAGAUGUAAUUUGUUAUGAUCAAGAAUAUAACAAUUGAAU